AGAAGAAAAAAAAAAUAGGUUUUUAUAUUUAAUCCCUACUUUUUUCCGCUAAUGGACCAGAAUAACUUAAAUCUAAAGAAAAAUAGAUAAGCUGGCAACACUGUUAACACUGAGUUGCACUCCGAAGAAAAUGAAAAAUUUUAAGAUUUUCGUAAAACGACAAAGGCUACAUUUAUAAAAAUUUAUGUAAUAUUAAAAAAUUUACGCUUUCGAAGGGUCACAUUUACACGCAUAUACAAACAUGCGUCGAUACAUAUUUAGCAGUUCUCAUAGCAAGUGCAAGUAAUUCCAAAAAUCGCAAAAUUGGUAUCCCUAUGCAGUUGUCAAAAGUGAAAUCACGAUAAAAAUGCAAUGGGCGUUUAACAGUGAAUAAAACAAUUUUUUUUAAGAGUUGUAUUUGUUGAAAAAGAUUGAAAUUAAGAACGUUUACAAACCAACGUAAGCACAAGUGGAGAUAAAGCGCAUAAUCACCACAAAUAAACGGCGUAAGUCUACAAAUAGCAUUGCAAUGCCACCAUUGAAGACCUACUCACCGCACAACGAAUUCAAUGCAAACUGUCAUAAUGGUAAUAGUACCACUAACGCUGGGGAUGGUGAAAGUAACACAUCAACAGCUGCCUCAGCGGCAGCAUCAACCAUAACUGACGCAUGCGGCGCUAUGAGCAAUGCGGGUGCACAACGCAAUACUCUACCUUGUUAUAGCAACGCACAAUUUCCAUUCAAAGUGUUGGCUAAUUUAAAUCAACUGCGGGCAGAAUCUCGUUUUUGCGAUGUGGAAAUAGUUGCUGGUGGCAUUACAUUCAAUGCUCAUCGUGCAGUCUUAAGUGCAGCCAGCGCCUACUUUGAGGCAAUGUUCCGGCCAGAGCUUGGUUUAAAUGAAGUAAAUCAGAAAUCUGUAGUAUUGCACACUAUAGAUGGUGAAAUUUUGAGCAUUCUGCUGGAUUUUAUAUACACAGGGCGCUGUGAAAUUACACAGUCAAAUGUACAGGAGCUGCUAGCUGCAGCAGACAUGCUACAGCUACCGGAAGUUGUGGAUGGCUGUUGCGAUUUUCUUUGCCGUGAACUGCACUCCACUAACGCAUUGGGCAUUUUACGCUUCGCAGAAGCUCAUAAUUGUGAAACAUUAAAGAAGAGCGCUUUGAACUAUGUCCACUCUAAUUUUCCGGCGAUAACCCUUGAAGACGAAUUCUUAGACACACCACAAACCCUGCUGGCUCAGUUGCUCACUUCUGAGCAGCUGCGUGUCGAUUCGGAGUCCCAAGUUUUCCAAGCAGCUUUGCGAUGGAUAAAGCAUGAUGUUACCCAACGUCGCUGUUAUGUCUUCGAUACAUUGUCGCAUGUCCGGCUAGCUCUCGUUCCCGUCAAAGUAAUCGAUCAGGCUUUGAAAGACUGUCGGGAUAUGUCAGUUAAAAUUGCCUUGCGUUCCAUUUGUCGCGACAUCGCAUCGAAGCGAGGUCAAUUGGUGCCACUGCGCGUUUGUCCACGCCAACAAGCCAAAAAGAAUAUUUAUAUUAUUGGUGGCUCCAGACGUGAGUCUCAGCGUGAUUGGACACCAUCCGAUUGCAUUUUCGAAACAGUUGCGAAAUUCGAUAUCUUUAGACGUGAGUGGUCAGAAACGGCACCCAUGGAAAUCGGUCGCAUUUUACCUGGCGUGGCGGCGUUAAAUGGCAAAAUAUACGUAAUUGGCGGUGAGCGGGGCUCACAAAUCCUUGCUAAUGGUGAGGUAUAUGAUCCGCAAACCGAUGCCUGGACACCCAUUGCACCAAUGAUUGUGCCUCGUUGUGAAUUUGGCUUGUGCACAAUCGGUGGAACACUGCUGGCGGUGGGCGGCUGGUUAGGCGAUGAUAUAGGCGGUUCCAUUGAAUGUUACGAUCCAGAAAAGGAUGCCUGGAACAAGUUGGGCGAUUUACCAGAACCGCGUUUUAGCAUGGGCGUAGUCAGUUUCGAAGGGCUUAUUUACAUUGUAGGUGGGUGCACAACUUCCAGUCGCCAUUUGCCAGAUUUAAUAAGUUUUAAUCCAAUAACUCAAGAUUGGCAACCGAUGGCGCGAAUGCGCACGGCACGCUGUCAAAUGGGCGUCGCUAUUCUCAAUCGUUAUCUUUACGUUGUGGGUGGUAACAGUAGCUCCCAAGAUGUGUUGAGUACCGUUGAGCGUUAUAGCUUCGAUGAAAACAAAUGGGAAAGUGUCUGCUCGAUGUCGGUGCCACGAGCUAUUCCCGCUGUAGCAGCCGCAGAUGGCCUCCUCUAUGUGGCUGGUGGGGAUCAACCAUGCGAAGAUAAUUUUUAUCGCGCUCAUAUUACAAUCAACGCCGUGGAAGCGUACGAUCCGUUGACUGAUACUUGGAAGAAUUGUCCCGAUUUACCCGUAGGGCGCUCGGAGGCUGGCGCUGUUGUUGUUUAACGUCGGUCCAUGCAUAUCUCCGUGACAAUUGUGGGCAAUAACAACUGGAUUUGUAUUGUUGUACUUCAAAAUUAUGAAACUGUCUUCAAAACGUUUACUAUCUGUAUCUGUAAAAUUAAGCUUACACCUUUUUCGAACUUUUUCGCCCCCAUCAAAUAUGCUCAUAAAUUUUUUUCAUAAACACUGUACUAAAUUGGGUAUUUGCAUUUUAUAAAAACCCUACUCCUGUUUAUUAUUUUUUUUUUUUUGUAGAAAAACUGCACAAAACAUGUCAAUGAACUCAAAUUAACCUCGCGCUUUUAAACAUAUACAUACGUCUACAAUGUCAUUUGAUAUUUCAGUUCAAACUUUUUUUAAACCAAAGGCCUGAUUUUAUAAAAACUUAUUUCUGAUAGUGAAACCUUUAGUUUUAAGACCGUUAAAAAGUUCACUUGAGUGUGCGA